AUGAGACGCACAAGGUCCCUUCUUUGGGAUUUCCGGACGCCUCUGUCAAUUUUCCCUCUUUGUACCUUCGUCGGGCAAGCCCAUUCGUUGAUCUUGUACAACUUGCAUGCAUAUUCCGUCCUCUGCGCGGAUGCUCAGAUGUUAGACAGUGAACCCAAACCGCCUAUCGUCGCAGCUUGUGCCUCAGGAUGACGACGAACGAGCGCGGCUGCUGUUGAGUUGGAUGGUCUCCGUCUUGAUGGGCUGAGCCGCCGUACGACGAAAGGACAGUAUCCUGCAGCACGUAUGGGGUUCUGACAGUAGCGGUGAUGGACAGACCCUUCAAUGUUGCCGUGACGGUGAGAGGCCUUCACCAAGUGACGACGAGAGGCGGCUCCCUCCGAAGCACAGCAGAGGAAUAUCGAUUAUGAUUCAGGGGCAGAAGAGAUCGAGGAGGUAGUGGACGAAGUCGACGUCGUAAGGACAAGCCAAGAACAGGCCCGACCUGAUGCGUCAGAGAUCAAAGAAGACACAACAAGUCCCAAGGUCUACGCGGAAGUGGUAAAGGGAGGGAUUUACAGCCUUCCGACCGGGCCAGCCGUAUUCUCGUCCGUUGUCGAAGACACGCUGGGGAUGUGUGAGGGGUUUAGGGCAUUGUUGCAGCCGUUAGUAGUCAAGUUGAACAAGGUAGACUAUGUGGCGAAGAUAAUCCUGGCACUAUGGGCUUUCCUCCUCAAGAUCUUGGGAGAGGGGAUCGACAAGCCUCCCACCUCGGAUCGGGCAGCCCAAUUCACGGGGAGCCGGAGGAAGGCCCACGAGGAUCAACUGCAGACAUUCAUUUGCAACAAAGACAUGCGAAGACUGAAAUAGAUCAAGCGGUGCAAAUUUCGACAAGCUUAGGUUGCAGUCAAUGUUGCGCGCCAUCGCGCCUGGGAUCAGAGUAGAUUCAGCGGAGAAAUCGGGGGACGGUAAGGACCGGUAUUGUCGUAGCGGCGUUUCUUCGACACAGGGGUGGGGGGCCGUAGCAGAGAGGAGAAGGACUAUGAAACUUCCAACUCUCAGACAGUAACGUGAGUGCAUAAGGGAGAUGGGUGAUGUUGAUGCCCCCUGAGCUACGAUUGUAUUUGUUUCUUCUCUUCCCAUUUCGAGUGCCGGUGAAAGGUGAAAGAGACGUGGAAGUCAUUCGUUCACCGUUCACCAAUGAACCAGCUUUUUGUAGCUUCGUGCACACGGAUAUCCCGCAGAAAGGGACUCAG